CCGAAGGGUAUAUGGCGUGGAGAGCCGUCGCCCUAUAACUAUUGCUAGAUACACAUUGUCCCUUUACCUGCGACUACAGGCUCGUCGUUUCUUCUUGCCACCCUUAUCUGUAACAAUACCAAGCCAAUCGAUUCCAUUCCAUCUCCUCAGUUCGACACACCAUCGCUGCUCCCGGAAUUGGUGCGUGUUAUCCAGUCUACCUUGGGUCGGCUAUUUUGCGCUCGUCAGUACUCUCGAGCACAUACAACCUUCUGCAUUAUCCUUACAAUUCCCGGGCCUAAACACUGGUGUAUUACCUGGUCAAAUCUUGCUUCCACUUGUCAUACACCAUGGGCCUCGCAUCUGAUGCUCUCUAUUUUGCGCUCCAUCCGAACCAGCUGCUACUGAUUCUCCAAUGGAGACUACGACACGGUCCGGUUCAUCAGAGGAUCGUGGAGCGUGAGUCUGUAACAGCUAAAGCCUGUUUCGAGUUUCUGCAUAAGACCAGUCGCAGCUUUAGCCGCGUGGUCAAGGAGCUGCAUCCUGAGCUCCUUAUGCCCGUUUGUGUCUUCUACCUGAUACUACGUGGCCUCGAUACCAUCGAGGAUGAUACUUCGAUCCCCCUCAAGGAAAAGGAGCCACUCCUCCGAGAGUUCAAAGAUCGCCUGGAGCAAGAUGGUUGGACCUUUAUCGGCAAUCGACCGGAGGAGAAGGACCGCCAGCUGUUGGUGCAGUUUGACAUCGUCAUCGCCGAGUUCAGGAACAUGAAGCCUGUCUACCAGGCCAUUAUCAAGGACAUCACGAACCAAAUGGGAAAUGGCAUGGCUGACUUUGCGCGAAAGGCAGAUUCUGGCGACGCCGGCGUGAAUACCGUCGCGGAGUUUGACCUGUAUUGCUGGUAUGUGGCUGGCGUGGUCGGUGAGGGUCUCACCCACCUCUUUGUCGAGGCCGGGUUGGGCGAGGCAAACUUGAUCAAACAUUCUCAGCUUUACAAGUCGAUGGGCCUCGCGCUUCAGAAAAACAACAUCAUUCGCGAUGUUCGUGAGGAUCACGACGACGGUCGUCGCUUCUGGCCCAGGGAGAUCUGGUCCAAGCAUGUCGAUAACUUUGAGGACCUGUUCAAACCCGAAAACCUCGAGUGUGCGCUGAACUGCAGCUCCGAGAUGGUUUUGAAUGCUCUGGGGCAUGCGGAGGAUUGCUUGUCGUAUCUUGUCAACCUACGCGAGCAGAGCGUAUUCAAUUUCUGCGCCAUUCCCCAAUCCAUGGCCAUGGCCACUCUGGAGUUAUGCUUCCGCAACCCGGACAUCUUCGCGAAGAACGUCAAAAUCACCAAGGGGGACGCUUUUCAGCUGAUGGUCGAGUCCAGUCAGGAUCUCAGGAAGGUUGGUGAGGUAUUUUGUCGUUAUGUCCACCGGAUUCAACAAAAGAACGACCCCGCGGACCCCAAUUUCUUGAAAAUCACCGUUAGAUUCAGGAGUUUGCUGAAACUCUGGCACUCCAUUCUGGCGAAUGUUCCCGGACCGAGACUGACGACACGCGGCUGGUCCAGCGACUGGUCUUCCUCAAUGGACAGGUUCGGUCUGCGGCAGGACAAGCACUGACCCUGAUGGUUGUCGUCGCCGCUUUGGUGUCGAUAGCAGCCUGGCUCGUUGGGUCCCGUUCCGAUGUUGCCUAAACCUCAAACUGAUGUUUCUGGAUACGGUGCUUGCUAGAAGCUUUUAAGAAAGGUGUCGGAUUGGAAGUCCAAUUCGGCCGCGAGUAGGGGCAGAGCAUGGGCCACCUCGAGG